CUGCCUAAUGCCUAAUUAAACGGACUUGGGUAACAACAUCUCAACUUCAACUAACUACCUACCUAAUUACCUAAACUAGGAAAUAAGAAUUAGGUUUCCAAGUAGACUACCAUUAUUAGUUGAAGGAACGCUGACAUACCUAUAAUCUACCCCAAGACUUUUACAACUGAUCUAAAAGUAUUGGGCGCAUACUGGGGAAGACUGAAGUUGCCCCAAAGGUCCACUUGGUCAUUGCGAUCAUGGCGCCACAAACGAGAUCCCAUGGCAAUGCAUCAUCCAAGCCAUCAGAGAGCAAGCCGUCAGAGAGCAAAACAUACAAGUCAACUUCUGCAGCCCCCAAGCAGCUCUUAUUCCCUGAACGUCAGCGCAACGUCAAAACAUAUGGGAAAACAUCCAGACGUCGUCCUCGCGCUCCCAAAAAGCAAUUGAAACAGGGUACACUAACCCAGAUGGAUUUCAUAUCGCCAUCAAUGCCUAAGGACUUACUCAAGUCUGAAGAUGAAGAAGAUGAAGAAGAUGAUAAUGAAGAGCCCGAACUUCCUGCAGUUAAAUCCAAGAAAAGAACCCGAGGGUCCCGACGCAAGACUGCGGGAGACGAACUAGUCAAAAAUGAGAACACAAGAGAUACCAAAAGACGGAAGACUUUAGGAGACGCACCUAGCUCAAACCCGUCGAGUAGCUUCCAUACUCAGACUUUAACUCAGUUAUUGUCAGUCAAGGGUGAAAAUGAUAACGAGGACUGGCAAAUCAAUGACUCGGAAGACGACGAUACUGGCUUCAUACUGGAGACUCCCAAGAAAGUAAAAGUGCCUGCUCCUUCUAAAGCCAACGAGCCACAGUCCGGAAUCAGAUCCUCGGUUCCAAGUCUCGUCGAGUCUGUCACUCCAACCAACCGUCGGACGAAGGAGGUCAUCCCAUCUUCUACAUCGCCAAUAACACCGAUGAUGAUGCGAUACAGCCCAGCACCACACAAGUCACCUCUAGUAGUUAAAUCUGCCAACCUGACUGGUCCUUCUCCUAUUCUCAAGAUUAGCAAGACGCCAAGGGAACGAGUAAUUCCAGACUCGUACAGUACGGCUCAUAGCUCACCAACUAUGCAAGCCCAUAACUCUACUAUCAAAGCCACCCCGGUCAAGAAGGCUCGUUUCGAAUUUCCUGAAGAUAAAGAAAACAUCACCCCAGGAAGAACUAAACCAAAGACUCCAAAGCCGCUGAGGAAGACACCUGCGCGGCCACCCCUACGGGAACGGGAAGAAGUGCCUGAUUCGGAUGAUGAUAUCAAUGGAACAGGGGACGUCGGAGAUGAUGAGGCCAGUACAGGAGACGAGAACGCGCCAGCAGAACGAAAUGGAGAUGAGAUCCCGUCAGCAGGUGAUCCUGAAGAAGCAGCAGAAACCUGCUACGGCGUUAUCGGAGAAGAAACACAGGCCGAGUUUCUUUUAGCAGAGGAAAUCAAUCGCGAACUUGAGGAGAGUGAUUCGGCAGAGUCAAGUCGCUCACGGUCGCCCACCCCCACGCCGAAUCCAAAGAAAAUACGUGUGCUUCCUAAAGCACAGGUUGUAAACAAAUCCACGCCUUCUCCGAUUUUUGUGGCAGAGAAAUCACCGACGUCGUAUCUACAGAAAGGACAGCCAGACGAAAGUCCAUUCAAGGCACAAACUCAGAUGUCUACUCAAGGACUCGAAAGCCAACGACUCCCCUUGGAAGUCGUUCAUUCUCUUGGUCCCCAGACUGACAACUCUGAUAUCAUGGUGUCUCUUCACCCUGAACCCUUGGCAAAGAUAAUCAACGGUACGAAGAAUCACGAAUUUAGGGUCUGGAAAAUACCGCCUACCGUAACCCGCGUCUGGAUUUAUUCGACCAGGCCGUUCUCCGAGCUGAAAUACAUGUGCACUCUUGGCCCUCCUAAAGUACCCGGAGAAAUCGAGGACACCAAAGGGGUUGGAAAUGUCGAGUUCAACCAAGGUAAAGCCGUCGCCAAGUAUGCAUACGAGAUACUCCAGGUCUACGAACUCAACGACCCGGUUCCCCUCGACGAGAUGAAGAGGAAGGGUUGGGUGAAUGCUGCCCCGCAGAAAUACGUAUGGGUUCCUCCUGCAGUUAUCGGAGAACUUACAGCAAAUUUGAAAUGUGCUCUGUUUGGUGAAGAUGAGGAAGAGCAAGGAGCAGGAGCUGCGUUGGUGCCAAGCAGUCCGAAUGUUACUGAAUCACAAGAACUUGAGGCCCAACUACAGGAUGAUGCUGAAUUCUCAACCCAACAUCAUUCUGAUCACGUGAACGAAGUGAUUCUUUCGAGUCAGUCUACGCGUAGAUCUAGUGGCAGAAGCAAGAGAACCCAACCAGGAGGCAACCAGGGUUUUGCAAAGCCUGCACCGCCCAGAUUACAAUCAGGUUCUUCAACUCAGUCACCUCCGGCACCUCCGAGCCAGAGAACACACAGCGCCGUUAGACCGUCGCAGGCUACCACAGUCUCAAGCCCAGCAUUAUCCCCCGAGAGAUUGCCCCCUCAAGUAAUAUCCAUCGCCAGCGACUCGUCCGCCGCCAACCUGCACAGCAGCAGCCCGACGGCGUUCCGGAGUGCGCGAAAUAACUCUCUGAGGUCCUCGCAAUUCCUGACGCGGAGUCAGAUGCUACCGGAUAGUUUGAUAUUGGACGAGGUUCAGGAGCCGCCGCCUAUUGUAUACGAUUCUGCAGAUGAGCUGUCGGAUUUAUGAAUGAUGAUGAAAACUACAUUAACGUAUGGCGUGUUUGUAAGAUACUGGAUUGGCGUCGUUGCAUGGAUAGGUCAUGUUUACUUGGCUUGGCGGGAAAGGAAGGUUGCUAGGUAUAGCUAGGAGUUCUAGUACGAUAGGGUAUGGUGCUUAGGUCUGUAAGAGUAUUAGGGAUUAGCUACGUUGCGAUAUAGCGAUAUAUAAUGAUACGAGUGUUUCUUAUGCA